AUGCUUGGCUUUUCCCAUUUCAGUUUACCGUCAACAACAAAUGCGGCAGCAACUGCUGCAGGUGUGGCAGUUGCCAAUCGGGAGCGUUUAUCGGCCAACGAAACACUAACCAUUCGUAAGGUGAUGGAAUAUGAGUUUCGUCGAAUGCUAGAAUUGGUGGAGUCUGCCACCUCAGUGCCCGUGGAUCAAAUGUCCAACAGUUCGCAAAAUCCUACAAACAAUGCCACAAACUGUGAAGAAUCACAGCAUUCCAAUGGACAUAUGGGUUCUAUGCAAGCUGGCACUGGCAGUGGAAGUGGAGGCGGUGGUGAAAAUGCGACCCAACUUAUGGCCACCAACGUGACCUUUGUGCCUGCUCAAGCACCACCUGGCACUACAUUGGCUGACCUUACAGCCGUUGCUAACGCUGCUUUCAAAGCCACAUCCACACCAGAGGAUAUUAUCCAGGUCUGGUGUGGUGAUCACCUGGGUCACAUAUCAGAUCAUGGUUUGAUGAACGAAUAG